GUUUAUUGUCUGAAGCUUCAGCCAGUAGUAUCAUAAGAUUUACUGAUUCUGGAUAUAUGAAAGAGAAUCUCUUUCAAAUGUAUAUUAAUCACUUUAUUAAUUUGAUUCCACCUGUUCACCUAGUUUUUCUAAUACUUGAUGGUCACAAGAGUCAUCCAUCUGAAAUUCUGUUUGCUAAACUUAAGAAAGAGUAUAAUAAAAGAUAUGAUGAGCUUUAUAGUAGUAGUGAAAUUGAUGAUAUACUUCUAGAAACUGAUGAAGAAGCUCUUGAAACUGAUGAAAAAAUUCUAGAAACUGAUAAUAAAAUAUCUCAACCAACUUAUAUAUAUUUUACUAGAGCUAGUAUUAUUGAAAAGACAGAACUAUUAGAAGAAAAAAUCAUAACUCUCAAAGAAGAAAUCGUAACUCUUAAAGAAGAAAAUAAAUCAUUAAAAGAAGAAAUUUUAUUAUUAAAAAGAAGCAAUUCAUCAAUUCAAGAAGAACUUCAAAUAUUUAAGAGUCCUGAUACUUGUCCCAUUGAAGCUUGUGCUGAAAUAUCCUACUCCUCAACUUUCACAAUUCACUAA